UCCUUUUGUGACUUUUUUUCUCUCACUUUUUCUCAUUCUCUCUUUUUCUUUCUUCAAAACACGCACACGCAAGGUACUACUGGAAAAAACAGUAUGUGUCUGAGUUCACUGGCUAGAUGAGCUAAUCUGACCUUUUCUAUCUUAGACUGUUGUUCAUCUUGAAGUGGAAAUACAGCACUAGACUGGAGAGAGUGUGUAACAACCUUGGGGUGUGUCUGAAGGGUGUGUGUUUCUCAAGAUCCUCGAAUCAGGUUAAGGGCAUGUUUGUGUGCAUGUGUACUUUUUGUUUCUAAAAUGUAGAUGUGUAUGCAUGUGCUUUUCUUGGCUAUGUAGAUAAUUUACACUUCACACUAUUUUACACACAACCAAAUGGCCCAUUAAACUAUCCUGUGAUUUCCUAGUUCAGACAAGUAGCAACUAGCAGAGUAGCUGUAGGAAGUAAUGACGUAGCCAAGAUUUCUCUGUGGCAGAUCCAGCAGCUGAAGCGCUUACAAAUGGUGAGAACAAGAAAGAGAGAAAGAAUGAGAGAGUGGAGGGAGGAGAAUGACAGGAAGAAAGAGCAGGUGAGGAAAGUGACGCAGAGGUGAAUGUGGUGCUGAGAGGGUGCAAGACUCAAAGAACAGGAAAAACAAUAGCUGAAGGAGCUUUGGAUUGCCCUGUUUAUAAGGUAAUAAAUCUAUUCAUUGGUGUUUAUAUUGUUUUUGCUUUUUUCUAACUGAUUUAUUUUUUGUUUUUAGUUCAAACAGCAGAUUCAAACGCGAAACAUUUUUGUAGGACCCAGAUUACUCUUGGAAUAAUUUAGAAAGACAUUCAGCUGUAUUGUACAUUCAGCUGUAUUGCUAAGUCAUCAACCUAUACACAGUAUAAUGUCCUUUACUUUCUUUAGCAAAAACAUUUGAAGAUGCAACUAAUGACCAUCAAACUAAAGUAAUUAAGUAAUCUUAGAUUGCAUUUAUUCAUUAGUAUCUGACAUUCUGCUUUUGUUUUUGUCUCACAGUACUGAUUUAUCAAUGUAAUGGUUUGGUUAGAUAAAGGCUUUUAUUUUUAUAAAUUCAGCAUCAGUUCUUUUUCUGUUUGUGUUUUUCUGUGCUAUGUUGUCUUUUACUAGUAGAGUUUUUGCAUUCAAACAUUGCAAACAUGGCUAUGUUGUUCUGUUUUGUGUGGCCAGUGACCAUAUGCAGACACUGGUGGAGCAUUCUUUAGACUGACAGAAAACUGGACUUUAGACAAUGUGAAAAUGUCAGCAAGUUCAUGCAUGUAACAAUUUUGAUCGUAGAUGUCACUGAAGACCUGUGUCAUGGUAAUACUGAUGGGUGGUUUGAUCUCCGGUCUACCUCUGGAGAAAGGGGACAAUGAAUGCAAGCAAUGCCCACCAGGAAAAUAUAUGUUACGUUGCAAUGAGUGUUCUGAGUGUCCUGAGGAUUCCUUCACUAGCAAAAAUAACAGAGAGCGCUCGUGCCAUUCCUGUUUCAGGGACUGCAGGCCAGAGUUGAACAGGAAGGUGGUGACGGCAUGCACCAAUGUAUCUGAUGUGGUUUGUGACUGUAUGACUGGGUUUGUCUGCCAUGGUAAAAGCCAUUACUCAGGCCAGUGCCUCAAGUGUGAGCCGAAGACCAACUCCACGACUCACCCUCCCUCUCACCCUCCCAGCACAUCUGCCAUACCAAAGCCUCACGGUAUGUCUGUGUUGUGGGUUAUAGCUGUAGUGCUGUUGAGUACUUUGCUCACCAUCACCAUCACAUUUCUUUUCUGCAGACGUAGAAAAAAAGAGUGCCUCAAGCAAUUGGUAAAACGAUGCUCUCUUGGUAAUCCAAAGGAGGACCACAAUACUACAUCUUCUGAAAUCAACAAGACAAUCAAAGAGAUCCAUACACAGGAAAUGAAUUCACCUACAUUCAACAGCAGCAGAUCAGACUGCCCCACUCAUCAUAUAUCAAGCACAGAGCAGCCUCUACCUCCUGCUGGAAAUCUAGGUCCUCUCCACAUCUACGGUGCGGGCACUGUGUUUGUCAGUUUGCUCAAUCAGUUUGGGCAGAAUGGAGGUGAUAAGGAAGAGGAUGACCUGGGGCAGCAGGCUUUAGACCUGAGCGAGAUGCACUGUCCUACCUCUCCUCCACUCCCCCUUUCCAAGGAGGAGAGGAGUAUGGAUGGAGACUAUGUUUCCUUCCCCUCUCAAGAGCAAGGCAAAGAGUGUCACGUGUCCAAAGAAGAGGGUCUGUAAUAGACUGAAACCCUAGUUCUUUCACUGUGGGAUCACGGCUACUGGCGCUUUCAUGCUUUGCAAGUACGGCGCAGGCCCCACAUUUUGGUUUCCUGCCCCAUACUCUUGUGCCUGGCCGGGAAGUGAAGACACCUACGCAAAGAUUGUUUUGCACUCAUAAUGUCAGCCUGCUGCAUGGCCGGCAUGAACGUUUACACCUCGAUUAUGUCAAUGCGCACCAUGAAUCAGUAACUGUUCAGUAAUCAGUAACGGUGAGGUAUAACUGAGGAACAAUCAAAUGUAAUAGUUUUAAUGAAGAAAAAUCAGUCUGGUAUAACCAGGCCUUUAGAGGCUGCAUUGUCAUUCAGCCUCCAUGGCAACUCUACCUUUAAAGAAUCUGAAGUCCCAUGCUACCAUGCCCCCUAUUCCACCUGAAUUGUAGUCAUAUGACCCUACAGAACAGAACCUCCAUGCAUGCUUAGAGAUGCUCUUUGAUGCAGUGCAUGCAAUGACACAGUAAAUUCCGCUGAGGUCCACUGUAACUCGUUAGAUGUUUUUUAUAAGUCUGUCUUUGGUCUUUAGCUCUACAUAUAUUUGCCAAUACAUUUUUUGCACAACAAAUAUUACGUUUUAAUAUCUUUCUCCCUUUAUUAUCCAAGUAUUAUUUCAUGAAAGACUAUCAUAUAAGGUGUAAUUUAAUUUCCUAUCUUAUUUGUAAAUUGUCUAGUCUAUAUAUUCAUGAGUCCAACAAAUGUAUAUGUAUUUAAUUAAUGACACUUUAUUUUCAAUAAUAAAAGUUAUAAGAAAACUUUACGUCAUAGGAAAUAAUAAAAAUCAAAUAUAUUUCACAAAGAAAUUAAUACAGAUGUACAAAAUUCAUAAACAAUAGAUUUGAAAAUUGAGAAUUAUUUUAAAAACAUUAACUAUUUACACACAUUUACACUGUACUGACAUGAGAUUCUCUGGAAACCUUGCACACAUUGUGUUGUGGAUUUGAUUUUGAAUGAAUGUGGUAAAAUGACAAUCAGUUAACAUUUACUCACCCAAAGUGAAAAUGUUUUUAUAUAUUGGUUCAAAAAUUAAUUAAAAAUCUAAAACUGAAAUCUCUUAUUCUCAAAAGUAUUCAGACCAUUUGGGGUAGUAUUGCAAAUUGUUGUCAGGUGCAUCCUGCAUUUAGAAUUCAGCUGGAGUUCAGCUGUUACUGUUUGAAUUGAUAAAUAAUUUGGAAAGGCACACAGCUUGGAUUUACAAUCCAUUGGCAGGACAAAAACCAAGUCACGGAUUCCAAGAAACUGCUGUUGGAUCAAAUUGUGGCAAGGAUAUAAAAUAACAUCUCAGCCUUUAAGGCUUUGUUCCCAGGGCUACUCCACUGUGGCCUCAAUACAUUUUAAAUGGAAAAAGCUUAGCACAAACUUGAACCAUCAUAGAGUUGGCUGUCUGGCCAAACUGGUAAUUUAAGUAAGAAAGGACUUGGUCAGGGAUGCAAGAAAUAACCCAAUGAUUUCACUCUAAAAGAGCUCCAAAAGUCCUGGAUGGACAAUUAUCACUGUAGUACACCAUACAUGGGCCAUUGUUGAGUAAAUUAAGACAGCUUAGAGUUUGCAAAACACCAUGUAAAGGAGCAUGGGGAAAAGAUGAUCUGGUCUAAUAAGAUGAAAAUUGAACUCUUAGCAGAAUAGUAAGCACUAGUCUAGAAAAACAAAACAAAACAGGCACUGCACAUAACCUUGCUAAUACCAUCCUAAGAGUAGAACAUGGUGGGAGCAUCAUGCUAUGGGAGUGCUUCUUAGCAGCAGGGACAGGGAGACUGGUAACAAAUGAGUGGGAGACUGAGUAGAGGCAAAUACAGGAACAUUCUUGAAGAAACCCCAUCCAGAGGCAAAUGUUGGAGAUUGUUUAUAAAUCUUUAUUAUAAAUGAAAUAAAUAUGGAAAUGUGUAAAUAUUUGUGAAUUUCCUAAGGAAGUCAUAAGUGAUGCCUUUGCCUCAUGUUUUACCUGUUGAGCAAUUGGAUGCACUGACCUGUAAACAAUCUACUGCAAAGACUACAAGACUCCUUUGGUGUUCACUUAUCAUCUUACCAAUAAAACAGUGGCUAAUAUUAUUCUUUAACACUUCAGAAUCCUCCUUGAUGAUGAUGAGAGCAUCCUAUUUCAAAGAUCUCCACUAAUUUCCUACAGACAAUUAUGAUUAGUCUAUUAUUAAUAUAGCCAAUAAAAUAACCAUCCUCAUGCAGCACUGCAGGAGUUGUCUGCUGUGUGCAUUUGAAUGCUAAUGGGCAUUACGUUAAUGGGAUAUCUUUUUACACUGCCUGUUGUUGCUAUGGUAGCAAUGAACUUAGGAAACUUGAGGAGCAAGAACUCUACACUCUUGGAACUCUGUAAAAUAAAUGUUAUGAUUUUAACAUGUUAAUUUACUAACAAGCUGGUUUCACCCCCUGUAGCUUCAGAAGGUCUUUGCUUGCACAACGGAUAAAGGCACUCUGACUGUCUCUUUGGAAAGUGUGUGUAUUACACUUCAGUUUUAGUAACUCUACAUAAAUAUAAAUGUAUCAUGUGCACUAUAGCCUGUGAUGUACAUGUACAAUUGUUACAUUAUUUUGACGGAAUUUUGAACAUGUACUGAAUAUGAAUACUAGAUCAAAUAUUUCAAAUUUUACAAAUAUUUCAUGCAUAGCACAAAAUGUGAUUUUCCUGUCAAAUAUUCCUUACACUCAACAUCAAAUCCUAAAUAAAAAGGAUUUAAAAUAGUAUCACAUCAAAGUGGAAGAAAUGACUUUAGAACAUCUGUGAUUCUUGACUAACUGGCCACUAGCAUGCUAAUGAAGACAACAUAUUUAUUGCAGUACUGGGAGAUGGAUUCUAGCAUAAUGAGGUCAAAGCCCACUGCUAACAAGGGACAUUUACCUGACAC